AUGCCCCCCAAACCCGCCAGCGCGCUCCCCCUCCCGUACUCAAACCCGCCCCAGCCAAAGCGCGAGCAGAGGCAGCCCAUGAGAACUUCCAAGCUCGGAAGCAAACUCAAGGUACUCCCAACGCAGCCCGAGAACUCUACCAUCCCAGAGGAAGAUGAAGAUGAAGAAGACGCUCAACGCGCUUUGGGCGACAAGGACGAGGGCGAGGGCGUGGAGUUCUAUACUCCCCUCUCCCAGAUCCCCAAGGGUACCGCUCGACGAGAUGCUCAGAGGCUCACCAAGAGCGAGAAGGCAAAGCUCCCCCGAGUGACCGCCUAUUGCACCGCAGCCACGUACAACCUCCCAGCUAUGCAGGCCUAUCUGUCUUCCCGCCCCGCAUACCAUCGCUGCCACCCUAGAAUGUUUGACACUGAAUGUCUCCACACGCCGUACCUCCCGCCCCCAACGCCUUCCCCGUACGCCCCAGCCCACCGAAACUCGCCCCGUCUCAAACCUGCCUAUGGCGCAGGGCAUAUCCCUGAGGGCGACUUGCUCAAUCUGGGUGAUGGUUACGCGUCUAAGCGCUCGUCGAGUCCUAGUAGAAGCAAUUCAACGUCCUCAGAGCUCAAGCGUCGACCUGGCUUCUCAAAGAGACCUGGAGGCGGCAGGACCAAGUCGGACAAUACUUCUGGCGUCUCUAAUGGCGGGGACGUGGAAGACAGUGAGAGAGAAGAAGACGAUGACUUUGAGGACGAGUGGAUACCUGAUGUGUUCCUGUUUGAAUACGGCUGCGUCGUCAUCUGGGGUAUGACGGAAAAGGAAGAAAAGAGAUUCUUGGCGAGCAUUAAGAGGUUUGAGAUUGAGAGAUUGUCAACCGAGGAUGUGGAAAUGGAGGAUCUGAAUUUCUACUAUGCCGACUAUUCUCGAAUCUACAACGAUGUCAUUACAUUGCGAAAAGGCUCUUCCUACAUGACUAAACUCUCCCUCUCCCAUGCCCUCUCUCAGUCUGUCAAGAUCUCGCUCUUCGAAGAGCUCAUCAGCGCCACUAUCGAACAGAACCAGGAUAUUCCCAAGGUCCUUUCUGAGACUGGCAAAAUCGGCAUGCCAAGGAGCGAAAUUAUGAAACAGAUCGGCUACCUCUUUAUCCUCCGUAUCAACAUCAACCUCGUCGGCUCCAUCCUCGAUUCUCCCGAGUUCUUCUGGACUUUCCCCGACUUGGAACCGCUGUACAACGCUGCCCGCUCAUACCUCGAAAUCGGACAGCGUGUCGAUCUGUUGAACGCCCGUGUCGAUGUGCUGCAGGAUAUGCUCAAGCUGUUGAAGGAGAGUGUCAACUCUAGCCACGGCGAGCAUCUGGAAGCUAUUGUCAUCUUCCUUAUUGGUAUCGAGAUCGUGUUGGGUAUCAUCACAAUUCUUGUCGACCUCAGCUCUUCGUAA